GGACGGGCGCGUUGAGGGGCGGAGCCGGAAGGGAAACUGCUGUAGAUGAUGGAGUGGGGCACAGAGCGAGCCGGGUGAGACCCACCCCAAAAGGAGGAGGAUGCGACCCUGGCUGUUCCUGGCUUGCAGAUGAACCUGGUCUCCAUGGCAGCCGCGGUGACGGUGGUGGAGCCAGAGCUGAAAUGGGUCUCCCUCUGGCUCCGGUCCCGUUGGGCGGCGGUGCUGGCGGCAGUGCUGGCGGCUCUCCUGGUGGUGCUCCUUCCAGUGCUGCUGGUGGAGGAGCAGUGCCAGGCCGCCCUCCAGGGCUGGGCCUUCCUCAGGAGCAAGCUGGGGCUGGGCUACAUGGGCAUCGCCACCUACACGGGGCAGACCACCGAGCUCAGUGUGACCUCUGGCGGGUUGGAGCUGAUGGUGCUGAAGCCCAAAGCCUCCCCAGAGGUCAGACUAGAAGCCAAAGCUGCGCUGCAUCAGGCGUUGGAGAUGAAAAGACAAGGGAAGCGUGAAAAAGCUCAAAAGCUCUUCCUGCACGCCCUCAAGAUGGACCCAGACUACGUGGAUGCCUUGACCGAGUUCGGCCUCUUCUCCGAGGAGGAGAAGGACAUCAUCCAGGCCGACUAUCUGUACUCGAAAGCCUUGACCAUCUCCCCACACAACGAGAAGGCUCUGGUCAGCCGGGACCGGACGCUGCCUCUUGUGGAAGAAAUCGACCAGAGGUACUUCAGCAUCAUCGACAGCAAAGUCCGGAAGGUCCUGUCCAUCCCCAAAGGCAACUCUGCCCUGCGGAGGGUGAUGGAGGAGUCCUACUAUCACCACAUCUACCACACGGUGGCCAUCGAGGGCAACACUCUGACGCUUGCCGAGAUCCGGCACAUCAUCGAGACCCGAUACGCCGUUCCCGGGAAAAGCCUGGAGGAGCAGAACGAGGUCAUUGGCAUGCACGCCGCCAUGAAGUACGUCAACACCACCCUUGUCUCUAGGAUUGGCUCCGUCACCCUCCCGGACCUCCUGGAGAUCCAUCGGAGAGUGCUGGGCUACGUGGACCCCAUUGAGGCUGGCCGAUUUAGGACUACCCAGGUCUUCGUUGGCCACCACGUCCCGCCCCACCCUCGUGACGUGGAGAAGCAGAUGCUGGAGUUUGUGCAGUGGAUCAACUCCGAGGACGCCAUGAGCCUGCACCCGGUUGAGUUUGCCGCUCUGGCCCAUUACAAACUGGUGUACAUCCACCCGUUUGUAGAUGGCAACGGGAGGACAUCGCGGCUCCUGAUGAACCUGAUUCUCAUGCAGGCCGGCUACCCCCCAAUCACCAUCCGGAAGGAGCAGCGGGCCGAGUACUACAACGCCUUGGAGGUGGCCAACGAAGGGGAUGUCCGGCCCUUCAUCCGCCUGAUUGCCAAGUGCACCGAGACCACCCUUGACAUGCUGCUCUUCGCUACCACGGAGCAUUCCGUGGGCCUACCUGAAGCCCAGGACGGCAGCAGCACGGACUGCAAACAGACCAUCUCGCUCAAAACUCGGACCUGAACCUUGGUAGCGAAGGACGCCCCCUACGGGAGAAGAGCUGGGAAAGCACUUUCUGUAAAACAUUUCAUUUAUUUAAUUAUGUCUUCUAAGUUAAGUUGUUUAAUGCAGUGACCUCUCCAUAUUUAUUACCCUCAAUAGGCCCAAAGUUAACUUUUGUCUAAUUAUAUUGCAAAAGGGAGCAGGCCAGUCUUAGCGGCUCAGAACUGUUUGGGCUGGUUAAGUGUCAAGCGGGACUACUUUAGUUGGGAAAAAUUCCUACCCACAGUCAGCUUUCUAGCCAAAGAUGGUCAGAUAUGGAAAACGUGGCGGUUACUUUACCCAGCCAAGCCUGGCUGAGGAGUUUAUUGCUGUGCUUAGUGAAUUGAUGCUGUUUUGGUAUUGUUCAGUUUGCUAACCACGGGGAGGCCCAAACUCCACCUAUUUAGGAAAGGAAGCUUGUGUGAAUCCCACAAAGCUGUAAUUUCACCUGCCCUCCUUUAUGCUUGUAGCCGUUUCAAACCUAAAACUGAACCAGCUUCCUGCCUGCCAGUGCCUUAGUAGGGACAUGUAUUUGUACUGAAUUGUGCCUUAGCUUUUCCCCAGCCACUUUUCCAGUAGAACCACUCCAGAAAGAGGUCUCCGUUCAGGCCAGAACCUAAAGCAAAAUCUGUGGACUCUUUAAAAAGAAACAAAAAACCGUGAAUAGACAAUACCAGAGCAGAGUCCACUCUUUGGAAGUUGGAGAUCUCUCACCAUCCUAUAAUCCACGUUUGCUUGUUUGGCUCUGGUGUGAUGUUGUCUGUGCAAAAAGCCUAUCAAGCAUCAAAUACUCAAAGUCAAAGGGCUUCCUGAAAGCCCUUCUGUUAGCACUUUACUUCUGUUCUACUCGGAACGUGCAAAGGUUGCCUGAUUUCAAAGGAGAAAAGGUUGAGAUGGGGGCGGGCUUUUUGUUAAGCUGCAAACCUGGCAUCCCCACACACAAUCUGCCACUGAAGGAGUCCCUGUCCCUCUCCUGCUCACGUCCUCGGCUCGCCCUCUCGGUUGCCCCAUGGAAGGACUCGCAGGAACAACGCAAUCUUAGUCCAGACUUGAGGGAGAGGCCCCCUGCCCAUCUCGGUCCAUUUCUAAGGCAAGCCGGGCAGGCACAACCACGAUGCAGUGUGUGAAAUAUGAGCAGCGCCUAACAAAGUGCAUUUGCACAACCGUCUGUGCAUAUUUGGUUGGUUACAAUAAAGAGAUUGCCCGA